AUGGCUUCCUGUCCUUCAAGAUCUAAAACCCAUUACCAUGCUUGCUCAGUCAGCUUUUCCUGUAUAUCAUCUUAUUCUCUUAUUCGUGAAUUCAAUAAGCAGUUGUGUAGGAUAAGGGCUCCUGAUCAUGAAGUUACUUCUUCUUCAUUGCCAUCAAUAAACAACAGAUUGAGCAGCCUUGAAGACUUGCAUGAGUGUGUCAGUGAUUUGCUUCUACUACCGCACAUUGAACAAGCCUUGGCCCGAGAGCACAAUGAGAAAUUUGUUGAUAAGAUGGUGGACGGAUAUCUAAGGCUCUUGGAUAUGUGUUCCACUGCUAAAGAUGUCUUUUCACAGACGAAGCGAGAAGUGCAAGACCUUCUCUCAACACUGCGCAGGAAAAAUGAUGCAAAUGACUUCCACGGAUACUUUGUGUUAGCAAAUAUUUUAAUAUUAUAA